GAAGAUCAGUGUGUCUAAAAGCUCGCUGCGUCCUGACGGUUAAUCAUUAGCUCGGGACGUACUUAGAACCGGAGUGUGGAGUUUGGAUUCUGCCCUUCGUCCAGAUACACAUCAUUUAAGCUAACUUGGAGCCUACAGGCGUCUUGCUCCCUCUCUUCCUCUCUCUCCCUCUCUCUAUUUUUUUGUCCUUUCCUGGCUCACCCCUCUUUCUUCACUCCACUGGUCACUCUGCAGGACCACCAUGCAGCGGCUAGUUGCCUUCCUGCUCUGCCUGACUGCUUUUUUAAGCGCCUCCUCUGAAGGUGCGAACGCAGGCCCACGGCUGAACGAUGGACGGCUCUACAGAUUCCGUUACGGGGUGGAGCUUGCGAUGAACCGGCCCAAAGGACCAGCCAGAGGGAACGUGGGAUUCAAGCUCUCAAGUGAUGUGGGCAUCAGUCUGGCCUGGAGAAAUCCAGAGAACCAGGAUGACCAACUGCUUAGAGUCCAGAUCUCCAAUGUUCAGUUAGAGAAUGCUGUGCAGCGCUCACGAAAGAACAACAUCUUCCAUGGCGCCACCACAGAGAGCAUUCUGGGAAAAGCUAAGCUUGAAGCUCUGGAGAGACCCUUCAUGCUGCUGUGGAGAAUGGGCAAGGUGAGGAGCCUCUACACACACUCAGGAGAACCAACCACCAUCAAGAACCUGAAGAGAGGCGUGGCCAGUAUGCUAAUGAUGCAGCUGAAAUCUGGAAAGAUGAUGGAGGCUGAUGUAUCAGGGAAAUGUCUUGUUGAGUAUAAGGCCACUAAAGAUCAGGUGAUUCGCACCAAGCACAUGGACAGCUGCAAAACCCCGGAAACCGGAUUUACCACAUACAGCCAGGUUUUGGGUGUGAGCGGGAAAUCUACCUUGGUAAGCGUCAUCACUCUGCAAGAUGGCUUCAUCAAGUCAGCCGUUGCCGAGGAAACGCACAUCCUCUCCAUCAAUGCCCGUCACACAACCGCUGCUAAAAUCCUGUCCAGGCAGUCGCUGUCACUGCUGGAGGUAGCCUCAGGCCCGGCGGAAGCUGCUGGAAAAGAUGCAGCCAGUGUGGUGAAGAGUCUGGACCCAAAGCUCUCCUCAGUUGGGGUCGUCUCAGAGAAGGGAAAGAGCAAGUGUAAAGGGUGUCCUACACUGAUGGAUACCUGGAAAUCUCUCCGUGGGGAGUUGGAGCCGAACUCGAUGUCUAAAGCAACCGCCCCUCGCAGCUUCCUGACCCUGAUCCAACAGCUCCGAUCGGCCAGCAAGAGCGAAAUCCUUAGAGUGCUCCGCAACUGCAGCAAAACAGCACUCCCUCAGCUGGUGGACGCUGUGACCUCCGCCCAGACGGCCUCAUCUCUGGCGGCCAUGCUGGAGUUCUUGGACUUCAGUAAGGAGGACGGCAUUCUGCUGCAGGAGCGAUUCCUCUACGCCUGUGGCUUCGCUUCACACCCCACAGAGAGCAUGCUUCAGGCUCUGCUGGAUAUCUCUAAGGGAAAGAUCGCCAGCACUGACAUUAAGGAGUCGGUUGUGAUCAUAAUGGGAGCUUUGGUCCGGAAACUCUGUCAGAAAGGAGGAUGCGACCUACCAACAGUUGUUACGGUGAAGCAGCAGCUCCUGGGUGGGCUGGACGACACGAAGGACGAGGCGGAGGUGCAGAUGUACCUGCUGGCCCUCAAAAACUCCCUCCUGCCCGAGGCCAUCCCUAUCCUGACCCGAUUUGCAGAGUCCGAAACCGGAGCGUACUGCACCAUCGCCAUCUCCGCCCUGCAGAGAUACGACCCUCCGCUCAUCACACGAGAGGUGAAGCAGACACUGAACCGGGUGUAUCAUCAGAACCGGCGCGUGUACGAGAAGAACGUGCGCGCAGCGGCGGCUGACGCCAUUCUGAGCAGCAACCCGUCCUACAUGGAGGUGAAGAACCUGCUGCUGUCCAUCGGUCACCAGAACCACGAGAUGAACAAGUACAUGCUGUCCAAAGUGCAGGACAUCCUGCGAUUUGAAAUGCCCGCAAGUAAACUGGUGCAGCAGGCUAUGAAAGACAUGAUCACCCACAACUACGAUCGCUUCUCAAAGAUGGGAUCCUCCUCGGCCUACUCCGGCUUCAUGACCCAGGGCGCCGAUGUCACUACCACCUACAGCCUGGACAUCCUGUACUCCGGCUCCGGCAUCCUGAGGAGAAGCAUCAUGAACAUUUUCGGCCAAAGCUACGGCGCCCUCCUGCAGGGCCUGCAGGUGGCCAUUGAGGCACAGGGUUUGGAGUCUCUAAUCGCUGCCACACCUGACGAAGGUGAAGAGGACCUGGAAUCUUUCGCCGGAAUGUCGGCGCUCCUUCUGGAUGUGCAGCUCCGCCCCGUAACAUUCUUCAAGGGCUACAGUGACCUGAUGUCUAAAAUGUUCUCCAUGUCAGGAGACCCCAUUAGUGUGGUAAAAGGGCUCAUCCUGCUCACUGACCAUUCACAGGUGAUCCCCCUGCAGUCUGGUCUGAGGGCAGCUGUAGAGUUCCAAGGUGGUCUGGGUAUUGAUAUCUCUGGUGGAAUGGAGUUUAGCCUUUGGUACAGAGAAUCCAAGACCAGCGUCAACAACAGGGGUUCUCUGGUGGUUGUGGGUAAUGUGACGGUGGAUGCUGAUUUCCUGAGCGUGGGAAUGGAGGUGAGCUUCGAUAUGGAGGCAGCUCUGGACUUCAUCACCACGGUUCAGUUCUCCAACUACCCCUUCCUCGUCUGCAUGCAGAUGGACAAAACCACCUUCCCCUUCAGGCAAACUGUGUCUAAAGUGGAGAAGCUAGCUUCCGGGAAGCAUUUCGCCUUGCAGAAGAUGAAAGAGGAGCUGGUGCCGGGCUCGGAAUUCCCUCUUCAUCAGGAAAACUCCAACAUGUGCAAGAAGGUUUUUGACAAUUCCUGGUAGAUCCCAAAAAUGUAACUAACCCAUAUGGAAAAAGAUUUUUUUAUAGAUAUUAAAUUCAUUAAAUAUAUUGCAUAAAUAAUAUAUAUAUAUAUAUAUAUAUUAUUUAUGCAAUAUAUUUAAUGAAUUUUUUUAAGAGCACAUUCCAUACAGAUAUUAAAGCGAGAGAUUUUAUUUAACUUAAACAAGUUUUUUAGAUACAGGUUUUUAAAGAAGAAUGCAUUUUAAAACAAUAAAAAAUAAAUAUAUGAAUUGAUACAUUUUUAUAUAUGCCAAAACAUAUGUUUUAAAAAUACUUUUAAUAUAUUUGGCCAUUUUUGCACCUUGCAUAUGUUUGAUAAAUACAUUCUGGAUACAUUUUUUUCCAUAUGGGAAUGUUACAGGUUGGGCUGAAUUGGCUAAGUGCUACAUGCCUCAAGACUGUACUGAACUUAACAUUUUUAAAUAAAAAUGGCUUAGCCAAAAGUGCUAAAGUCUUCUGUAGGCUAGGUAGGGUGUUGGUUGGCUUUUAAGCCACUCCUCCUUUUUUACAUCGAACUUUCCCCUUAAGUGCUAAUAAUGCUGCAUUCCAUUUACUUCGGAAGUCCGUUGUUGGGGCUGGGAAUGAUGUCACCACUGCAGUUUCUGAAUCAAUUUCUCUGAUUUUGUUAUUUAUAGGUAUAUGUUUGAGUAAAAUGAACAUUGUUGUUUUAUUCUAUAAACUACAGACAAUAUUUCUCCCAAAUUCCAAAUAAAAUAUUGUCAUUUAGAGCAUUUAUUAGCAGAAAAUUAAAGAUGCAGAGACCUCAAAUAAUGCAAAGAAAACAAGUUCACAUUCAUAAAGUUUUAAGAGUUCAGAAAUAAUCAAUAUUUGGUGGAAUAACCCUGUUUUUCACAGUUUUUUAUGCAUCUUGGCAUCAUGUUCUCCUCCACCAGUCUUACACACUGCUUUUGGAUAACUUUAUGCCGUGCAGACUCUUGCAACUUAUGGACUUGAAAUUCUUUUUUAGACUUGUUUAGACAUUCCAGUUGAGAAAUUCAGAAAUUCGUAAGUUCAGAUGGAGCGCAGCAUUAAAAAAAAGUGUGGUUUAACACAAGGUGCUAAUGAUGCUAACAGUGCGUAAAAAAAAAAAAAAGUAAAAAAAAAAAGCAAGAGUUACCAUGACCUUCUUUGAGUAAUGCUAACUCACUCGGACUCUUUUGCUAUUGUUAGCAUAAGCUGGACUGAAAAAGCACACAGCUUUCACUACAAUCAAUUCAUAGGUUUAUGCGAGUUUAUGGUGGUUGUGGUGCUGAUUAGCUCCAAAACAACAUACUCCAUAUUCUUCUUUAUUCUAGCAGGAAACUAAAUAAUAAAUUUUAUUUAUUUGAGGAAUACGAAAAAAUGACAUGAUGAAUCAGGACCCCGCCUCCAGUAAUUGGUGUUGUGCUAUUUUUAUAUGUAUGAUGUGUUAUAACAGGACAGGUGUAAUAACAGGCUGUACAGCUGCUUCUAGGUUAUUUAUUUGGUCAAACCAAUUUCUACCACACCUCAGGCAACGCAGCCAAAGGAAGAACCAGCAACACACCAGAUGUUUACAGUCUUUUAUUUUUCGAGACAAACAGGAAAUGAAUUAGCAUUUUAUUGGACAAAAUGGUGCCUUGUAAAUUGUAUGUUUCAUCUUUUUUAUGGGUCGGUGUAAAUAUUCUUCAGGGGUUAAUUUUUGACAAUGUAAACGUGAAUAAAAGACCAUGUGAUUUUAAAAUACAA